CAUGACGGCUUCACCUCAGCCUCAGCUCUGGAGCAAACCGACAUCAGCUGAGUUUGCAUGAAGUACCAUCCUUGUAGCUAAAUACAGGAAUUUGCCAUCGCGUAAAAUUAAAAAAUACCAUUUUGCAAAGUAACGUGUGACUGUUAAACCAAUUGAAAUAGCUGUCAUCCGUCGUAACCACAGAAACAAGAAAGGGGCAAAGGAGAAAUAACAGUACAUCAAACCCGGCAAACAAAGAGGUCCUUUUUUCAACGACAACAUUUUUCCUCCAUAUUCUCUAGUUAUGAGUCAUGUGGCCGUCGAAAAUGUCCACGGUCUAGAGCAGCAGCUCGCUGUCCUAGACUUGAGUGCGGCAGACGGACAAGGUGGAGGCACCAACCGGCGAUACAUUCCUCCACAUUUACGGAACAAAGACGCUUCCAAAAAUGGAAAUGCCUUCGCUGCUGGUCGACAGGGUGGCUACACCAUAGCGCCCGCAGCUAAUUAUGGUUGGGAUGGGGGGCGCAACAACUUUGUUAAUGGCUACCAUGACAACCGCAUGGCCGGUGGCAACUCGUUUAACCGCGGGCCGCCUCGCAUGGAGCGCGGCCGAGGGGGCGUCGGUGGAGGCUACCGUGGCAACAGGGGCGGAGCCUUCAACCCAAUCAACCCAGCACAGCCUAUGGCCUUUGGUGGCUACGAAAAUAAAG